CAUGAUGUGGUGACGCAAAAGAAUUCGGUUAAUAGACUAAAUAGCCGGCAAACUAAAAGUUUCAUCGUAAAACGAAGAAAGGAAAAAAAAAAUACCCGUUGGCGACACUUGAGAAAGCCUUUGUAACGCAGCUGAUUAAGUAUAAACACCUUGAGAUAAGAGGCCUUUGUUUACAGCCAAAUUGCCUGGUGGAAAUCUUGCCGCUUACAAGUGCGUCCUAAAUUCUAAGGUGGCAUAUAACAAAGUUAUGCCAGUUGAAAGAUAUACGGUUCUUUCAGCUGUUGUGAUAAUCCAUUAUGGAAAUGCAAAAUUAUCCAUGCCAACUUUUAAUGGAUGUCGUCAUGCAGCUUUAGAUAUGCAAACUUGCCCAACAAUUUAGUUGACGUCGUCUUAUCUCCAACAUUUUCUAGUCUAAAACAAAAUGUGCGUCAACAUUUCAGUGCUCAUAUGAUCAGAUAAAAAGAAUUAGACGAUUGUCAGGUGUGUCUCAUCGCUCAGUCGAGAUUGGUGGUGCGUCAUUUUCGGUUAUUGGUUUCCCGUAACUUGUGACGAUCAAAUCCAAAACAAAGUGUCACACUCGGUGAUUUUCAAACCAUGUUUCAACGUGGCAAAGUGGUCAAAAAGAUUCUGCAUUUUUCAAUCGUUUCACUGUGCAUCUCUUUGACAGGAGCGCAAUGGGCAGACCCAUGGAUCGUUGGACCUCCAACUUCCAGUGCAGCCUACGGUCAUGUAAAUCUAACAUACACUCAAUCUAACGGCAUCUUAAACGCGGAAGAAGGAAUUAAACGCGGAGUCGUUCUCGCUAUUCUCCGCUAUAAUGACAUCACGGCACCGAUUUUAUCGGAUGGUUGCAAGGAUAUCAUCGAAUUAGGUCCUCCAGAAAACAACGCAGUUGCAAUCAAAUCUCUGAAAGAAUUCGAUUUUGAGAGUGGAGAUCUUAAUUCGGAUACGUGCGUAUUCAUUAUCUUCACCUCCCCAUUCUCUCUACGAAUACUCCAAUUCAACGUGGUGGACAUGAAUGACAACAGGCCGUUCUUUAUCAAAUAUCCCAACACGACGCUAACAUUUAACGAGAACGAACUGGGCCAGAUUUACGACUUUGAUGCUACAGAUGGGGAUCAAGGAGAUAAUUCCACAUUACGUUACACUUUUAAGACUCUUGCCGGUGACGGUUCCAAUUUCACGCUCGACAGCAGUUCCGGAAAUUUUAGUGUCACGAAAAAAUUGGAUUUUGAAGCUGGACAGUUUUACUUGUUCGAAAUAAGUGUGACGGAUAGAGGCGGCCUGUCAUCUUCUGUUCAAGUGGCACUUAACGUUAUUGAUGUCAAAGAUUCGGCUCCCGUUUGGAGAACCCAAGUGCCUUUUAUUAACAUCGAGGAGGAAUUGGCCGUUGACUCGUCUGUCUUUUCCGUUCUAGCUCAAGACGGAGACGUCACGAUAAACGAUGAGAUCGUGUACUCGUUAGUCGACAACAGGGCCAGUUUUAGUAUAGACGCCAAUACGGGCGAGGUGAAAAUAGCCAAACGGAUCGACCGCGAUGUCGUCGACUUUGAUUCCUACUUUGAUCUGGAAAUAACGGCAACGUGCAAAAAUUAUCCACAAUACAAGACUGUCAGUUUUUCGACCGUCUUUAUCGAUGACAUCAACGACAAUUUACCUAAAUUCGAUAAGCAAAUCUACACCUUUGACUUAAUCGAUGAAGGGUUCGUCGGUCGACUCACACAAAUGGACAUUUUGGUUUCCGAUCCGGAUCUGAAAGAAAAAGGUUCUUAUGUGAUGAUGAUCCAAGGUCCACCGGACGUCAACCAAUACGUGAAACUGAGUCCUACUACCGGCCGAAACAAUGGAAUCUUUUCUUUAAGUAUUAAUUCUCCCAACUUGUUGGACUACGAGGAUAGCAAGAAACGCAACAUCACGUUUCAGGUUGUAGCAACAGCAGUAUCCGGCGAUCAAACAAGCCAAACUUCCACGGUCAAUUUAUAUGCCCGUGACAUCAAUGACAACAGUCCCGUCUUUUCAGAUAAUUACACGGCUAAUAUUGUAGAGAAUUUGGCUAUAGGUAGUCUAGUCAUAAAAGUCCAAGCAACAGAUGCCGACGUCAGCUCAGCGUACGGUCAGCCCAGCAUUAGGUAUUCGUUUGUGGAGAGUUACGAUGCGGCCCGAUUUUUUACCAUCGAUGAAGUGACGGGCGAGAUUCACACAGCAGCAAAUAUUGAUCGUGAAGCGAUCGGGUCAUCUUCCCUCAAAUACAGAGUUCAGGCCAUUGACAAAAAUGGAGACUUUGACGGACGGAGAUCAGUCGCGAAUUUAACUAUCGCCAUUGAAGAUGUCAACGACGAUGCUCCUAGUUUCUCACCUCCGAGUACGGUGGAUUUUAGCGUUAGUGAAGAUGCAAUUAGUGGAAGUAAAGUGGCCAAUUUCUCGGCUUCUGAUCGCGAUGAAAAUCCAAAUCUGGCAUUUUCUAUUAACUGGGACAAGUCCAAAUUCUACAAGAACCGCGUCAUCAUCUCGAAUCCAUCGGCUGAAUUGAAGAAAACGUUUGUGUUGGACUUUGAGAGCCGAGCUUGGAAUAAACACUUUUUGAGGGUGACCGCUACAUCGACAGCUGUUUUGAAAGUAGGUGAUUCGUUGCUUCCACCGGGCAAUUGCAGCAGUUGUUCAAAUACGCCACUCGAUCGUGAAGUGUUCGAUUCGGUCCAACUUUGCUUAACAAUCGCCGAUCUCAACACUGUAACGAACGAUGACAAAGACGAACUUUAUGUCGUCGUUAAUAUCGCGGACGUUAACGAUAACAACCCCGUCUUCGACCAGGCCACCAACGUGUUCACCAUCGUCGAGGGAAAUGCGACGGCCAUUGGAACUGUUUUUGGGUAUAUUCAAGCAUCAGAUAUCGACGAGAGCAACAUCAUCACCUAUUCGUUGAGUUUUUGUGAUAACGUGACCAUUGAUGCGAGAAAUGGCCAAUUAAGCACAACGACGUUGAUUGAUCGUGAAGAAAAGGAUUUGAUUGAAUGUGAUGUCACGGCGACUGAUAAUGGCAACCCGCCGAGGUCGUCGACCACCUUAAUUCGAAUCAACGUUACCGAUGUCAACGAUAACGAACCCGAGUUAACGGUGACGCCCACUCAAGUUGUAAUUUAUGAAUGCAGCUCAAAGUCAAACACUAAAAAUGGCACAUUCAUCUCCAGUUUGCAGGCUACGGAUGCUGAUGCAGGUGAGUACGGGACGGUCAGUUACAUGUUUUCACAGCAAAAUGUGGAAGGAGUGGACGAGUUUGCUAUUGAUCUCACCACCGGUGAGAUGACGGUGAGGAAUUGCGAGAAACUCGAUUUUGAAACGAAGACAAGCUACAGCGUCUUGGUCGAGGCUCGUGAUAACUAUCGCGAAGAAAUUACCUUGGGAAGUUUAUCCGAUCUCGAACGAGUCGACAUCACGCUGUUGGACGUCAAUGACAAUUCACCGACACUUGCAAACGAAAUCUUCGAUUCACCUUUUGAAUCUUUGACAAUGGGCCAAGAAGUAACGUCAAUCGAAGGCUACGACAAAGACAGCAAUGGUCCGAACAAAUGGUUGACGUUCACGUUACAUGGACAGAAUAGACUGGGCGAUAGUACGCUGGAGAAAUGUGUCCAACCAUUUCGCAUGGAGACCGUUAACAAUUCUACAGGAAAAUUGGUUGUUGUCGUUUCUGAUAUGCUCAAUUGUACGGGCAGUUACGACAUUAUCGUACAGGCUUGCGACCAGGGUGAUAGUAUUGAAGGUGUCCGAUGUUCCAGCAACACAACGUAUCGCAUCUUCGUCCAGGACGUUAACAACAAUAAUCCUCAGUUUAUUUUCCCAGAAAGGGACAAUUCAAUUUUCGAAGUGCGCGAGGAUUCGACUGUGGGUCAGCCUUUGUUCUACAAUACAACUAACCAACAGCUGAUUUUUAGAGCCACCGAUAACGACGAAGGCGUAAAUAGUCAAAUACUUUACACAUGGUCAGACGAAAGUGUCAAUCAAGUGUUUGAGUUGAAUAAGGACACGGGCCAAGUAUUUUUGAUCAGCCAAUUGAAUCGCUCUGUCGCCAGUUACUACGACUUGGUUGUCGUAGCGACUGAUAAAGGAGUACCUCCACUUAGUACUCCAUUGAAUUUGAGGAUAAAUGUGCGCUUGAGCUACAAACAAUUGCCUUACUUCCCAGUGAUCACCGAGUCUUUAACUUUUACAGAAAAUGAGAUAGAAAUGAAGGUGUUUCAAAAAGCGGAAGAUCCAGAUAACGCCAAUCUCUAUCCAGGAGAAAGCCGCUACGAUGUUUGCUACUACCUCGUGUGUGGCAACAACGAAUACUUUGAUGUACCUGAUAAAACACUCAAUCAACUGCAGACGAAGAAACCGUUGGAUCAUGAACAGCCUCUAGCAGUUCCCUACGUCCUCAUCUUGGCCACCAAUGACUGCACUAAUAAGCCUGCCCAGUACUGUUCAGACAUUGAUGCCACCAAAGGGCAGUACCUUAAUAUCACGAUUAACGUGAAAGACGUGAAUGAUUGUGAUCCGGUAUUUUCCGGCUCGCUGUCUGGAGGCAUUACGGAAGGGAAUUCGCCCGGUACAAGAGUGUUUCCAAUGACGGUAACUGAUGAAGACGACAAUGAUGUAGUGACGUGUAAAAUUGAAGAUAGCUUCACAGUCAGUCAGUCGUCGGUUAAUUUAGAGACGGUGAUUAAACCUCCAUUCUCUAUCAGUUCGGAUUACUGGAUCGUUUUAUUAUUCACCGUUCAGCCCGAAAUGAAAGGUUAUUUCACGUUGAAUGUUACCUGUCAGGAUAAGGUGAUGCAUUCUAGUCGAACGCCGAUCAACAUUUACGUUGUGGCCCAAGAAAACAAAGUUGACAUUGUAUUCGAUAAUAAAAAAGAAGAGAUUGAGGCCAAAAGAUCUGAGAUUGAAACCAUUUUCACGGAAACAAUGGGUUAUAAAUGCAAUGUGGAAAAAGUAUUAGGCUACGAAGGUGCUGGAGCACCGGUUGGCAACAAUACCUUCAACACAGCUCUCAGUCAUUUUAUCGACGAAACCAAGGCCGAACCAGAACCUGUCCUUGACAGCGUCAUUAUCAUGAACCGGGAAAUUAGGAAAAACAAUUGAAGAAAUCGGUGCGAAGGAGUUGGUUUGGUGCUCAAAUCUGUUGGACCUCUGCCCACGGAAGGAACCACUUCGGAGCAAAUGUUUCGAAUUAUGUUUAUCGUCGCCUGUGUUGUUCUCAUUCUUAUGAUUGGUAUCAUCCUUUUCUUCUACAAGAGGACAUCAGAGCUUAAUCGGCGAGUGGCAGCUUUAGCUGUUCCGAAAUUCGGCUCGCAGGAUUCCGGGAUCAACCGAGUGGCGGAUGCUGUUCCUACUUCCAAUAAAUAUGCCGUUCAAGGUUCUAAUCCCAUGUGGAGUAUCGAACAAUUGUCCAAUUCCAAUCACGAUGACAGUUUUGACAACAUCAGUCAGAGCAGUGGCGAUUCCAUUUUUAUUGGAGUGGAAGAUAAUCCGGAAUUCAAAGACUACAUAAAUGGCAGAAUGAAUGUCAAGGUGAAUAAUGGGAUUGUUAAAGAGGCUUCAUCCCAUCCGUUCGAUGCUGUUUCUCGUCGCAAUCCGUUAGUGGAUGGGGAGAAACCUGAACCUAAUCAUCCACCUCCUCCACCGCCACGAUCCGUCAAAAAGUCUGCACCUCCAAUUCCCGUCUUGUACGAAGACGACGGUGGUGAAUACGUUGACGUGGAUGGAAGUGACUACAUCGAUUCCAACUUUAGUUUUGGAGACAUCACCAUGACCGAGAUUUAGACACCGUACGUUAAUUUUUUCAAUAUACCAAAACAGAUGAGGGAUUAGUUAAUAGUUAAUUUUUAAAAAUGCAAAUAUAUUCGCUGUGAGGUCGAUAAUUGAUUGACCAAUGCAUAAUUGCGUCUAUAGUUUCGUAAUAUAUAUAAUCGUGACGCGG